AUGAUUUCAGUAUCUAGUUAUGAACCUCUAGACAGCGAUGAUCUUGAAUCAACGUCAAGUGUGCAGGAAACGAGUCGCUUUAGCAGCGUCGCCAGGUUCCAGAUCGCAGCACAAGACUUUGCGGCUUUUAUCACCGGCUUUCUUCUGGCUACUACUAUUCUUUUGCUAUGGAACCCCUCCACGCCAUCAUUAGAAGAGACCUACGCUCAACGCAGGGACGACAUCGCUAGGAUCUCCAAGUGCGGCAAGUCAGUCAAGGAAGCCAAGGCUGCUGGCUGCGUGUACGACCCUGGUCUUCUUUACUGGACCCAGCCGUACUGCAGUGCCGAAGACAUCGCAGACGAGUUUAUCCGCAAUCCCGUGCAUCAGAUAUACCGGGACAAGGAGAAAAAUCACCCACUAAAUCUUUCUUACAUCUUGUCGGGCGAGUUCGGGGAAGCAUAUGAUCGCGUCAACCACCACAAGGGGCAUUGUCUUAAUGCGUGGAAGGUACUCACACAAGCCGCCGCAACGUUGAGCCCGGAAACUCCAGAGGUUCUAGUACCCGGCAUGGCUGUUUCCUGGAGUCAUGUUGUGCACUGCAGUGAGGAUGUCGUAGUCCCGAAUGACAAAAGCAAGUGGAGGACCAAGCCUUAUAUUAAGUUUUGGCCCGGUGUUGGAGCCUGUCAUUUGUUGAGAGCGCCCAAAUUACCGGCUUACUUCAAGAGACACGGUGCUUGGUAG